GCAUCCAUCAGUCAAUCACUCGAUCAACAAAUACGUCCGUCCGUCGGUCAUAUGCACGCAGUCAUUGAUUGUCUGGUGUGCUGUCUGUACAGGCACCCACACCACACGCCACGCCACUGUGGUCACACACACACACACACACACACACAGACACACACACAGACGCAGGUGUCGUUAGUGUACACGACCGACCGACACGGAUAAACAAACCGCCCCGGACACACCGGACAGCCACAAAACUCAGGGGGCGGGGGGUGGCCUUCUGACUAGCUAGUGCGGGAGAGGCAACACACACAUAUCGAUGGAUGGAUGACAAGAGGAAAGAAAGACGGAGAUCGGUCGUCAUUCCCCAGAUCAUCUCAUCGCCUGUGUGGUGGCACCCCACCCGUUACUAGUCAAUAAAUAGGCCACCUCCCUGCCUAAGCAAUCCGCCAAUCAGUCCCUCGCCUAAUUGCACACGACCAACCCAGCACCCCACCCUGUCCGCCCUGCCCCUCCUCUAACGCUAUUCAUUGCACCGCAGCGACCAUCUCUGUUGAUGCGCCCUUCUUCUGCGUCUGCUCAUCGGGCCUGACCUCUCGCCGAUUUGCCAUGAAUGCCAGUGCGGUGUUCCAGAGGUAGGCCGCGCACAGGUUGGCGGGCACGAGGAGGUGUGGCGGUGUGAAGUAGAAGUUGAGGGCCUGGAAGGGGAUCCACACCUUCCACGCCACCAGCACCGUGUCGAACCACUCCUGCUCCAGCUUGGCCGCCGCCUCACCCAUGCUGCCCCCACUGGCACACACACCGACACCGAAUGACACACACAUGUGGAGAGAGAUUUGUGUGUGCGUCGUUCGGUUCGGUGUGUGUGUUAGGUGCUUACUUACCGAAGGAGUGUCUGUGUGAUGUAGAAGGUGGGUAAGUAGAUGAGCGGCGUGUGGAUGAAGUUGUCGACCAGCGUCUUGCCCACGGCCUGGCGCGUGUGGUUGCCGGCCGUCAGGGGCAGCCACGCAAAGAAACGACCAUACCCGUACACCUGAAAGCAAAGCAUGUGAUUGAUGUGCGCACACCGUGAGAGAGAGAGAGAGAGACAGACCAUCCAUCAUCGCUCCCUUCCUUGUCAGUGUGCUUUAAACCUACCCAUAGCAGCGUCUGGAAGCCGCCCGAAUAAAGGCAGCCGAAUAUGACCAUGGCCCUUGUGCGCGUGUCGUCCCAUUUCUUCCUCUUCUCGAUAAGAAAUUGACUCGUCAAGUCGCCCGCGCCGAUGAUGCAACCAGCUGCGGGGACGGACAAGCACACAGAGGCCACAAUGCAGCUACGUGACGGACAUCUAUGCGAAGGCCCCUUCACAUCGCACCUGUGAUGACUCCUGAGGCCAGCGGGUUGGCAGAGAAGAGGCUGUUCAGCUUCUUGAACAACUGCACCAUGCCUUCACUCAAAAUCGCUAUAAGAACCAUCGGAAGCGCCGUUUGCGUUCGUUCUCC